CGGACUGUUUGUAUUUAUUUCUUUGUUUCAUGUGCAUAAAACAACAACAAUGGUGGAUAAUUGAAGGAGUGGGGAACGCGAGGAUGAGCGGAUGACAUCUCCAGUUUCAGCCACCAGACCGAUAUCUCACGGUAACCGACCGGGGGGAGGAUGAAGCGGCGCAAUGCGGACUGCAGCAAACUCCGACGGCCGUUAAAACGGAACCGAAUCACCGAGGGUAUAUAUAGCAGCACGUUCCUGUACCUGAAGUUCCUGGUGGUGUGGGUGUUGGUUCUGCUGGCCGACUUUGUUCUGGAGUUCAGGUUCGAGUACCUGUGGCCCUUCUGGCUCUUCAUCCGAAGCGUCUACGACUCCUUCAGAUAUCAGGGACUGGCGUUCUCCGUUUUCUUCGUGUGCGUGGCGUUCACGUCGGACAUCAUCUGCCUCCUCUUCAUCCCCGUCCAGUGGCUGUUUUUCGCCGCCAGCACCUACGUUUGGGUCCAGUAUGUCUGGCACACAGAAAGAGGAGUCUGCCUCCCCACCGUGUCGCUCUGGAUCUUGUUUGUUUACAUCGAAGCCGCCAUCCGGUUCAAAGAUCUGAAGAACUUCCACGUGGACCUGUGUCGACCGUUCGCGGCUCACUGCAUCGGCUACCCCGUGGUCACGCUGGGCUUCGGCUUCAAGAGCUACGUCAGCUACAAGAUGCGGCUGAGGAAACAGAAGGAGGUGCAGAAGGAGAACGAGUUCUACAUGCAGCUCCUGCUGCAGGCGCUACCGCCGGAGCAACAGAUGCUGCAGAGGCAGGAGAGGGAGGCGGAGGAGGCCGCCUUGGCUAAAGGGAUCUCCGAGGUGGAACCCGCCGCCGCCGCCGCUCCGUCCCAAAACGGAGCGCCUCCCGGGAAGAAAAGCCCCCCCCCGGCGCCGCUACCGGAGCUGGAGUACCGGGAAAAGGGGAAAGACGGUACCGCGAAAGAGCGCGAGGGCAAAAAACAACAACCGGCAGUUGGAAUCAAUAACAACAGUAUUGUACACGCACUGGACUCCAAGCUACAGGAGGCGGAGUACAUAGAGAACUGCGUCGGGGCGAAGAGACUGAAUAACGACCUGGUGGGGGAGGGCGCGCACGCCGACGCCAACGUGCACGCCCACGCGCACGCCGCCUCCAAGGAGGAGGCGGCCGGGGCGGCGGCGGGGAAGAACUACAAAAAUGCCUCGGCGGGGGGCGGCGGCAACGUUUCCAACUCGUCGCCGCGGAACCACAGCUCGUCAAACGGAGGCGUGCCGCCGGGCGCCUCGACCAAUAAGAACGAGAAGAAGCAGAAGGGGGCGGGGAAAGGCCAGAAGGACCCGGUGGAGAACUGCAUCCCCAACAACCAGCUGGGCAAGCCGGACGCCCUCGUGCGGCUGGAGCAGGACGUGAAGCGCCUGAAGGCCGAUCUUCAGGCCAACCGGCAGUCGGAGUCGGAGCUGCGCAGUCAGCUCUCCUCCAUGAGCAGCCAGGACCGCAGCCUGCGCUCCGAGCUGGGCCAGCUGCGCCAGGACAACGAGCUGCUGCAGAACAAGCUCCACAGCGCCAUCCAGUCCAAGCAGAAGGACAAGCAGACCAUCUCCCAGCUGGAGAAGCGGUUGAAGGCCGAGCAGGAGGCCCGCGGCCUCGCGGAGAAGCAGCUGACCGACGAGCGCAAGAGGAAGAAGAUGGAGGACGCCACGGCCGCCCGAGCCGUGGCGCUGGCCGCCGCCACCAGAGUGGAGUCGACCGACUCUCUGCGCGGUCGCAUCCGAGAGCUGGAGAACGAGUGCAAGAAGCUCAGCAUGGAGCUGAAGCUGAAGGAGGAGCAGAUCCGGGAUCUGGAGGGCAAGUGUCAGGAGCUGCGGAAGUACAAAGAGAACGAGAAGGACACGGAGGUGUUGAUGUCGGCGCUGUCGGCCAUGCAGGACAAGACGCAGCACCUGGAGAACAGCCUGAGCGCCGAGACCCGGAUCAAGCUGGACCUCUUCUCGGCGCUCGGCGACGCCAAGAGGCAGCUGGAGAUAGCACAAGGCCAGAUCCACCAGAGGGAGCAGGAGAUCGCGGAGCUGAAGCAGAAGAUCGCCGAGGUGAUGGCGGUGAUGCCCAGCCUGUCCUACUCCUCGGACGGCGGCAACCUCGGCGCCGGCGUGCCGCACUACUCGUCCAAGUUCAUGGACAACAGCCCCUCCUCCCUGGACCCCAACGCCUCCGUCUACCAGCCCCUCAAGAAGUGACUCUGACGGAGCUGCAGUCUCUUUCUUUCUUUCCUUUUUUUUUUUCAUUAAUUUUUUUCCGAGUUCACGGUUCUUUUGGACUAUUAUUUUCGAGAGGGUCGUGUCUACAAUCUUGACUUUAAAUUAUUUUUUUUAAUUAUUGAGCCAUUAGACGGCGCGCUCUUAUUUUGAAGGGGGAGAAAGGAACAAGCAACUCAAAUGUUGUGCUUCAUGACCAUUUUCUUUCCUUUUUUUAUUCAUAUAUUUUAAACGAUCGCCUUUUCACGAUGUUUUCAGUUUGAGCCUGUGAGGCGACGCCCAGUGAAAGAUACAUGAAUGUAAAACUAUUCAUGUUUUUGUUUUGUACUGUUUAUUUAAAUCUGUGAUGUUUGUUUGUUCUAGUUUUUUUUAGCUUAAUUAAUUAAUUGAGCGGAUAAAACGAGCGCCGAGUCCUCUGAGGAUCAAGCGGAUAUUCAGGCCUAAAAAAAGAACAAUGAAUUACUCUGUUGUUGGAUUCGACCCGGCAACAUGUCAACAUGUCAACAUUCACCGGUUUCAUCACAUUUAUUUUUACCCUCUGGACCAAAUUAGAGCCACCAGGUCACACGGCGCCGGAUUCAAUGAUGUCGAGCUAACCGCUCCGUUGCCGUUAUUUGCUGAUUUUUACAGUGCCUUGCCGGUUUUCUCGUCUCGAGACGCAGAAACCGACUCGCUCGCGUACUUUCUCUCUCGCUCGCCCUCCCGCGUUCUUCUUCAUUUUAGAUUUCUCUCUCACUUCAAUUCAGUAUUCAGAGGCCGAAAUCUUUGAGUGGAUCAGUGUUUUACCUAAAGCCCCCCCCGGAGUUGUCAUUUAGUUUGUUGACAACGAUGUACAUUAACUUACCGAGGAAUGUUUUUAUUUUAUUUGUUUAUUUACGUUCUUAAAGUGCCAAGUGUCGACGUCGUCCGGUCGCCCGUCCGGACCGCGCUCGCUGUAGCCAGCGUCUUCUUAUCUUUUUCAUCUCUUUUUUUUUCGCAGAAGAGUGCCGUUAACGUCGUCGUCGUUGUUAUUUAUAAAUAUAUUUUUGUUGUCAUAAUCAGAUGGUGUUGUGUUUACAAGGUUCUGGGCCGAUAAUGGCGAGGCGGCGCCUCCUUCAUAGACAUUCUGUUGAUUUCCGAUAUUUUCUACCAGGUAGGAUUCUGUGAAUGUGAUGUAAUGGGGGAGGAAGGGAGGAAAGGACCCCCAUCCCCCCCCCCCCCCCUCCCCUCUGGAAACAUUCUGACCAUGUUGUGCUGUCAUGUUGCCGACCUGGGAGGAAACACAAGUAUUAUUUUAUUGAUGGAUCGCGCUGGUGUUGUGAAUUCAGUUCUGAAGUAGCUUUUUUUAUAAGUUUGUGUAAAAGGACGAGAGGGAAGUUUAUAAAAGAAAGGAACGGGGAGGAGGAGAAGAAGAAAAAGCUUUGUUUUAUCUUUUCAUUGGUCCGCCGCCAUGUUUGUUUUCCUUUACUCAAAGUGAUGGUGGCCGUGUCAACUCAUUCUUUCACUUUGGCCGUCACUAUUAAAGGAAGUGUUGCCGGUGGCAACGCGAGCUGGUCAGUGUGCGCGUGACGUCCUCUGUGCGUCUGGUUUUCCUUCUCAUGACACUCGCGGGUGACCUUUGACCCCUAAAAUCACCCAGAGGUUGAAGGCGUGGGCCGUAAAUAUUUGGAAAGACGGGGGGAAAAAAAGAAAUUGUAAUCCUUUGACAUCCUCUUUCAAAAAAUAUCUCGAUUAAAUCAGAAGCAUGA